AUGCCCAACCAUCAUACCGUCACGUCGACGGAACGAUAUGAAGCUUCAGUCAAAUCACAGUCUGGCUUCUUUUCACGUCUUCCUCUGGAGAUCCGCAACGUGAUAUAUGGCAAGAUCUGGGGAGAUGCGGACACCACUAGCCAGCGAUCCCAACGCAUAGGGUAUGAUAUGGCAUAUGAUGGCGGUAACGACCCUCUCGACUUUUCUGUUGGCACCGAAGCGGACAGGACGAAUUGGCUCUUAACUAACAAACAGAUGAUGACUGGAGGAAUUCAUCAGCUGUAUCGAAAGUCCACAUGUCACUUGAACGAUGGUGACAAUGCUAUUUCGUCUAGGCACGACGCCUCGCAAUUAUUGAGAUCACUCCAGGUACUUUCGUACGCAAUAUAUCUCCAGCGCGAACCUUUCAUCUUCGAUGGUGAGCAGCGGACUUACCGGAUGAACUCUGCUGUGCGCACGCAGAUCAACCGAACCAUAGGAUGGGCAGACUCUACAUCUCCAGUAAAAUCAUUCCAGAUACACGUCAAACGUCCGUUUCAGGAGCCCGCACUUGCCAGGACCAAGGCAGACUUCAAGUUCGAUCUUCAACACCUCGAGUCCCUCAAAAAACACGAAAACCUAAAUAGAUUUGAAGUCCAUAUCCUUUGUGAUAUGGAUGAUGCCGUGAUGCUGUCUGCACAUUGGAGAGUCAACAGUGCAACACAUGCCAGGUGCCUAGAAGACCACUACUUCGAUACUUUGAGGGCCGAGAUUAUACGUGUAGGCCAGUUCUUGAUUGAGGGUGGUAAGAAGAGCGGGUAUAUGAAGGAGACUACUCGAGAGAGCGACGGGAUUCGGCAGUUGAGCUGGGGUUGGAUUUUCGAGAAACCGUGA